AGCCAGGCGGGCGGCACACGCGUCGACCGCCGCGUGUUCAGUAAACACUGGACUUGUUGUGACAGGUGUGUUUGUGGAGGCCUGAGACCUUAGUUUUUUAACCAUCUCUAAAUAAAGGGUUCUGGGGAUUUUAAAAACAAGUGAUUUAGGACAGUUUACAGACGUGAAGAUUUUUGCUUACUAUAACAUCGCAAGAAUAAUGUGGGCCGAUAUUACUUCAUCAGCGUACUGAGACAAUUUGUGAACAAAAACAGUGAGCAACUAAGACAGUGAUUAGUGAGGAAUGAACCUAGUGAACUGAAAAGUUUGUAACCAAAAACAAGAGAAGAAAAAAAGUGAAGAAAUCAUGAAAAAAGUGUCUGGCCGCAAAAAAUGAGACGUUUGAACUAUUUAAAAAGAAAUUGGACGUUAAACAUGGCGCAGUGGGUCUGGUUAGCGGCGCUGCUGUGCGGCUCGCAAGCGGCGGUGCUGCCGCCACCCUGGGCGGACGUCAGGAGAAACCCGUGCGCUGCCCAUCCUAGGGGCUGGCUCAUGCUGUACUGGCCGACUGAUGGCAAAUGCUACACUAUUUAUAAGAAAGGCCACCCCUGCCCAGACACCCAAGAGCUGAGCCCUGGCCGGUGGGGUGGGAGGACGGUCGCUGAGUGCAAGUGUCCCCCCGGCACUGCCCAGCUGCCCCACACCACCACCUGCCACAAACUCUUCGAGCGGGGUCCCUGCAGGCCUGGAGAGUACUUCGCGCCCGUUGAGGAGUCCUUCAACAAGAGAGGCGAGCGACAGGGCAUGUGCGUGCGGCCGCAGCAGUGCGCUGACGAGACCUUGCUCUACUGGCCUGCAGAUGGCCGGUGUUACUACAAGAUGACGCAGGGCCCUUGCUACCCCGGGGCCUUGCUGGAUGUAGGCGAGGAUGGCCUUGCUAAUUGCACGUGUGCCAUCGACGGCCCCAACUACUGGGCCCCGGACGGGGGCUGCUACGCGCACUACACGCGGGGCCCGUGCGAGAAGGGGCAGCUCUUCCUGCCAGGAGCCAAGUGUGGCUGCGAGCCGCACCUGCCGCAGUACGAUAAUGGGACGAACGCCUGCUAUGAAUUGGACACAAUAGGCCCGUGUCCCAAAGGCCACCUGUUCUCCGUGACCGAGGUGACGCAGCGAGGGUCUAAGGCGGAGUGCAAGUGCAAGUCGUUUCACGCGAGAGCUGCCGAUGGGGCUUGCUACAGGCUUUAUACGCGGGGGCCGUGUGCGACGGAUGAAAUGAUCGCUAGGGGAGGACGGUGCACUAAGGUGCCCUGCGCCCGCGGCCGCCUAUACGUGCCCGAGCGCCGGCGCUGCUACCGCCCAGGCACCGCCGAGCCGUGUCCCGUGGGCGAGGUGGUCGCGUUCGACUUCGACGCCAGGCCGGCUUUGGACGGACUCAGCCAUAACGGCGUCUGUGCUUGCGGGAGCGGCGCUUGUACUAGGAGAGAGGUGGAAGCCUGCAGUUCCCGCCGCUGGACGGUGCCAUACAAGGGCGUGUGCCACAUCCUGCACACGCAGGGGCCUUGCAGUCCGGGAUCCUGGCUCGUCCGGGACCACAACCGGGCCCGCUGCCAGUGCCGCCCCGGGACCGACCCGCGGGACUGCCGGGACAAGAGCUGACGAACGGGGAAUGUAGAUGAUAGUGAAAUGAUCUCGAGUUUGGGGCCAGUUGUGGAUUGAGCUAUCAGAUACAAUCAAUUUGGGGACAAUAUAAUAGCUCGGAUUUUGGCUGAAAAUGGCUGAAAGAACUUAAAACCUCGGUCAGUUGACUGGAAAAAAGGGUGACAUCACGUAGCCGUAUUUCCAUUUACUUCUUACCGGAAACCAUAGUUUUUUUUUGCUGUAAAAUAGCAACUUACUAAAAAUAAUAACUUGACGAGCUAUGGUCUGUACAACGAGAUGGCUCCCUGAGUAGCAUUAGCUAGCCGUAGAAUUUGUUUUAGAACUUGGCGACAGAGUUAAGCGGUAACAAACGUCUGGUGUUUUGGUUCUGUUUUGAAAAUCUGCCGCCUCCUGUUAAUUGGACUGAAGUAAUCAAUGUAAUCAUCAUCAGAUGAUGGUCAAAGUGAACGGUAUUAUCUUUUAAUUUAUUUUAGCGUUGAUAAGACUAUGAAAAUGAAUGUGCGCGUAUUUUUAUAUUCCGUCGUGGAAAAGAUUCAAAGGUUUUCUCAUUGCUGGUUUAUUUUCUGGAUUUGUCUGUAGGCAAUGACGUAACAUUUUUAAAAUUCAAGCAUUUUCGAGUACCAUUAUAAGAAAGAAUCACGUGCUGAAGUGACCAUGAGAUUAUGUUAUGCCAAAUUCGAAUCGAAAUUGGUGACAAAAAUUAUGUCACAUUGUCUACAGGCAUAACAUCAAUAUUAGGAUUCAAAGUUAUGUGUUCUAUGCUAGAACUUUACUAUACCUACUCAUUACUAUUACAUAUUAUUAUUUAGUGCGAAAAAGGAGAACAAUUGGGAGUUAAAUACUUGUAAAUAAUAAAGUGUAUUCAGGAGUUCCCAGACUUUUUCUAUUGUGCCCUUAGUUACUUAUUUUAUGUGAUUCUUGUUCGCGCUUUCCGGGGCGUUUAUACACGUCCCAAAAUAUAGCUUGCCCUACCACCCCUUCGGGACAACAUAAUAUGGGCUGGCUGGAGCUAAGAAGUGGCGGGGGAAACUCAGUCACCUUUGUUUGUCCCUUUUUUAAUUAGCAAACAGGUACCUACAUUAAAGAAGAUAUUAUUGAAAUCAAAAUUCUUGUUAUGUGUUACCAUAUGGGUCACUUAAAAAUUAGGGUUUAUGGUGAAAACGGGCAUAAGUCUAUAAAAUUAAGUAACGGAUGUUUACCCACGGAGCCCUAGGACACUGCAGCGUAAACUUUGAGAACUUCUAAUACCUAAAUGACAUGAAAGAAGAAGAAAAGAAGAAUGCUGAUUAUUGAAUAUUAGAAAUGUAAGGAUAGUUUGUAAUAGCCAAAUAAAAGAUAAUUCACAUUUGAUAAAAAUGUUUGUCUUUAUUAUAAAACGUGUAAUAACUUAUUCGAAUUCUAUACUAACGUUUAUCAUCAAGUAUUUAUAUCUAAUAACUGAAUACGCGAAUACGUGAUGUUGACUUACACUAACUAUUUACAAGUCUUGUAUUUCUUUUGGUAUGACUAACUUAACUUAUUUUUCUUUUAACUUUGUUGCUGACUUUCC